AUGGAGCAGCUCAUGCAAAGAUACCAAGGUGGAGAUCGGGAUGGGAGCGUUCAAGGAGCAGAAAGUAGGCCAGUGUGCUUGGAGCAGAGUGUUGGCGAGGAGGGCAGUGAUGUGGCCAAGAGGGCCACCAUAGGGAGUUUGGAUUCUACUGAAAUCCAAAGAAAGCCCAUUAUAGCGUUUCAGCAGAAAAUGACAUCACUGAAGAAUACCACAAAAAGGGAGACCCGCUACGAGGCUGUGGCCGUGGUCCUGCCUGGAGAUGAUGCAGCCUGGCGCAGAGGAUGUGUCGAGGUGAAGCUGAAAGAUGGGGUGAGGCAGGACGCAGUCCAGCAGCGGGACAGUGUCAGGCCCGAGUUUCAUCGUUCCCUAUUCUGUUACACUGAUCUACUCGUCUGCUCUCCAGCCAGCACCACACUGUCUGGAUCACUGCAGCUUGACAGACCCGGACUUCAGGCAACCGCAGGGCGGGGAGCGUGCACAGUGAGGGACAUCCCGGCUCCUUCUUCGGCGCCAGCAAGUCAAGCCGGGGCCAGAGCGUCAGCCGCCGGCCCCGCACCCGGCCGCCUCCCGGCGCCCGGCCACGUCCGUGUGCAGGACCGCCUCCCCGCAACAGUCAGGGCCGAGCAGCUUACCGAGGAGCAGGUGGCCGAGUUCAAGGAGGCCUUCUCCCUGUUCGAUGAGGACGGGGAUGGCGCCAUCAGCACGCGGGAGCUGGGCACCGUCCUGCGGUCGCCGGGCCAGAACCCCACUAAGGCCGAGCCCCGGGACCUGGUGGGCGAGCUGGACCGCGACGGCAGCAGCACCGUGGGCUUCCCUGAGUUCCUGGGCCUAAUGGCCCGGAAGGUGACGGGCAGGGACGCCGAGGACCAGAUCCGGGAGGCCUUCUGCGUCUUCGGCAAGGACGGCCACGGCCUGAUGGGCGCGGCCGAGCUGCGGCACGUGAUAACCCGGCUGGGCGAGAAGCCGAGCGACCAGGAGGUGGACGAGAUGAUCCGGGCGGCGGACGUGGACGGGGACGAGCUGGUGCACCACGAGGAGUUCGUGCGCUUGCUGGUCUCCAAGGGAGGCCGCAGCCCCCUACCCCACCCCCACCCAGGGUGUCCGCCCUCCGUGCGUGGCGCUGGAGGACCUGCCUCCAUUCCCCCCGCCCCUCCGGGCACUGCUCCUUCUCCGCUGGUUGACCUGAUCCAGCUGUCUGCCCCCCUUUCCUCUCCUCACUCCUGCCUACAUCCCCACCUUCUCCUUGCCCAGGAUGACACAGGCCGCUCCCAAGCCCAGCAAACCCCAGAUGUUACAUCCCUCGGGAGCAGAAGCUCAGGGACGUCCCUGUGCACCGACCAGAGCAGGAGGACGGUCACAGCCUCACUGGCCGCUCAUGCCCCAGGGAGGGCGCGGUGUGACCUCCGGGGGCCCUCCACGUGGGAUCCCUAAAGCGCACCGGGCACCUCCAUCUGCUGUGGAUUCGGGCGGAGGGAGGGACCAGGGCCCUGGGGCGAGGGGCGCUCUUGGAGGCUGACAACCAGGGCCUGGCCUCCUGAGAAACACCACCUCCCUUCCCCGCCCCCCAUUCCCCUGCGCUCCCUUGUUCCCUUCUGUCUCUGUGCCAAACUGCGGUGAUUUGUCUCUUAAAGCUGGGAGUCAGUUGUAACACGUUUGUAUUCACCUUCUUGGAGGGAAAUUUGAAAGGGAGAGAGAGGCCACAGGGGAAUAAAGAAAGCGUCUGUUUUUCUCUGGU